AGUGAUUUCACAUCCGGCCUGGCUGUUGUGUUUGGAAGGGGAGAGGGGUGGAGGGAGAAGAACCCGAAUAAAGAGUGGGGGGGCACGAGGCGGCCGUGGCGGAAGAGACCAGCUCGGAGCCCCAGCGCGCACCCUCUGCCGUCCCGCUCCCAACAGCAGAGAAACAUUGGAAUUACUGUACUGAAUUACAUCUGUGAACCAUCCAGUCCAGUGGUCAGCACCAGAUGCUUUGGAGGCUUCAAGUCAAAGGCACAACCAUGAAAGAUCCAAGUCGCAGCAGUACUAGCCCAAGCAUCAUCAAUGAAGAUGUGAUUAUUAAUGGUCACUCUCAUGAAGACGACAAUCCAUUUGCUGAGUAUAUGUGGAUGGAAAACGAAGAGGAGUUUAACAGGCAGAUUGAAGAGGAGUUAUGGGAAGAAGAAUUUAUUGAGCGUUGUUUCCAGGAAAUGCUGGAAGAGGAGGAAGAACAUGAGUGGUUUAUUCCCGCUCGAGACCUUCCACAAACAAUGGAUCAAAUCCAGGAUCAGUUUAAUGACCUCGUUAUCAGUGACAGCUCAUCACUGGAGGAUCUGGUGGUCAAGAGUAAUCUGAAUCCAAACGCAAAGGAGUUUGUUCCUGGGGUGAAGUACUAAAUAUAUGAGUAGACUGGGCCCUCUUUUGGUGGAUGUAGCACAAUUUCCACACUGUGAAGCCAGUAUUAGAAGAUUUAAUUGUAAAAGCUCUCUUCUCGUCACUGUGUUACACUUAUGCAUUGCCAAAGUUUUGUUAGUCUUGCAUGCUUAAUAAAAGUGCUGAGACUGUU